GUUCGGCUUGUCGAUGGCGCCACACCGCCGGUAGGCCUCCCUCCCUCUACGCCUCUUCUCCUCCGUCUCUGAUGCGAACCACCAGCUUCAUCGGCAUCAAAUGAAUCGUUCCCUCGUGCGGCUUUCUCCCUUCCACCGAAGGCUCUCGCGCAUCCUCCUUUCGUCCACAGUUGAUGCGAGCGUCGAUCGUGCCGGAUUACCCUUCGAAAUUGGUGCUGCAAUGUGCUGCGAUCCGUUUCGACGGUAUACUUCGAGUAGAGUUCAACCAAGAUCCCUUUGGGAAGGCUCCUCCUACGAGACCCUGCUGAGGAAGUUCGAGUCGACUCUGCCGGAUGAUUCCCUUGAGGAAGCGUGGGAAGCAUUCGGCAACUUCAAAAUGUUGCAUGGUUUCCCCGAGCAGCGACUGGUGAGCAAAUUGAUCGCUUCGCUUUCCUAUUCAUCGAGCGCUCAUUGGCUUCGAAAAGCUUACGAUUUGGCCAUUAAGAUUUCGAAGGAAAAGCCUGACCUUGUUCGGUGUGAAUCCUUCUCCAGACUGUCCCUCGCUCUAGCCAGAACCCGAAUGCCAGUUCCUGCCUCCACCGUCCUCCGGAUAGUGUUGGAGCGAGGCAAAAUUCCAUCACAAGAUAUAUUAAGCUCGAUGUUCUUACACCUCGUGAAGACACGAAUUGGGUCCUGUCUCGCGUCGGAUAUCUUGAUUGAGAUCUGUGAAUAUUAUUUGAAUAAUUUCUGUAGCUCAGGCACAAGAAAGGCUAAGAAUAUCAACCUCAUGAAGCCAAAUACUAUCAUUUUUAACCUUGUCCUGGAAUCAUGCAUAAGAUUUGGUUCUUUGAUAAAAGCACGACAGAUAAUAGAGUUGAUGCCACAAGUAGGGGUUAUCGCCGAUGCAAAUUCCAUUGUAAUUAUUGCAAAGAUCUACAAGAUGAUGGGGGAGCGUGGUGACUUGAACAACUUGAGAGAGCAUAUCGAUAGUAUCUCUUCCCCAGCAUUAAGUAGACAAUAUUGGCAGUUCUAUGACAGUCUUUUGUGCUUGCAUUUCAAAUAUAAUGAUGUGGAUGCUGCUGCAGAGCUUAUGUUGGAUCUUUUUCGACGUACACGGUCUCUUCACUCCUCCAGUGUGCUGCCACAUGUGAAUUCUAAUGGGUCUCAAACCCAAUGCUUCCUUCAAGUUGGAUCAAGCAAUCUUCGGACGGGUAGUAGAAUCAUAAUUGAUUCACUGAACUUGAAGAAUGAUUUCCUGGUUCCUGCAAAAGGUCAAUCGGGACUCAUUCUCUUUGUGGAUGGUAAAUUUCUUCCCAGCAGCAAAGCUAUUGCAAAGCUUAUAAAUGGCUAUGUGAAAGAAAGGAACGUAGAUAAGCUGUCUAACUUCUUAAUUAAUGUACAGAAAGAGGCAGAUAUAGUAGAAGUGGAUUUGUGUUCAGAUGUCUUGCAUGCUUGCAUUAUGUUAGGAUGGUUGGAUACUGCCCAUGACAUUUUAGAUGACUUGGAAUUAGCUAAAAUUCCUGUCGGAGCCAAUCCUUAUGCAUCACUUUUGAAUGCAUAUCUCAAGGAGAAAAUGUGGGAGGAAUCCAAAGUCCUAGUAAAUCAAAUGAAAAAGGUUGGUUUUAUAGUUAGUGUAUGUGAUGAGCAUGGUGAAUCCACUUGUGUUGUAGAAAAUAUAGGUGCCAAUCAUUUAGAUAAAAGAACAUCAAAUUUAGUGAAGAAAUCUGAUCUGCUUCGGUUUCUAGAACUGGAAGACAGGGAAUAUAACCUUGGAAAUCAAUUGGUUUAUGAGUUUAAUUCUUCAAUUUUAUUCUUUUGCAAGGCCAAAAUGAUAGAAGAUGCUUUAAAGACGUUAAAGCAAAUGAGACGAAGGAAUGUCCAACCAACGGUUUUGACCUUCAGUUAUUUAGUUGAUGGUUAUUCUUCUUUGGGAAUGUAUCGUGACAUUACGAUAUUGUGGGGAGAAAUGAGGAGGCAGAUGGAAUACGGAAUGCUAGCUGCAGACAGAGAUUUGUUUGACUGUUUGCUCUGGAAUUUUCUAAGAGGUGGGUACUUUGAGAGAGCAAUGGAAAUCAUCAAUUAUAUGUUGAAGCAUAAUAUGUAUGUGGAUAAAUGGAAGUACAGAAGGGAGUUUCUGAAGUACCACAAAAAUCUUUACUGUAGUCUGAAAGCAUCAGAUUGCAGAACAGAUGCUCAGAACAGGAGGCUUGAAUAUGUCCGAGCCUUUAGGAAAUGGUCUGGCAUUGACCGAUAGUUCAAAGAAUAACUGCAGAAGCCCUUUGUGCUUAGGCAUGAUAGGGAGACGAUAACAAGGUGCUGGUUGUUAAAGGUAAAAGAAGUCUGGAUAUAUUUUUCUUGUUUGGGACACUUGGCUAUUUCUAUGUUGUGGAUCUUCAAUCAUAUUUAAGUAUAUCUGUCGGACUACAGGCCUUUUCUCCGCUUCACAUCUACAAUUUGCACAAAGUGAAGUGACUUUGAUACAUGCUGCUAUGUCAUAAUUAAUUGCAGUAGUGGAUCAAUUGGAAUAUCUAUUUCAUUUCAAACUUUUUAAGAGGGAACAAUGUUUUGUCGUGCUAAUUGGGUAUUCCUUCAUGCCAAGGCGAUGCAGUGGUUUACUAUUUGAGUCAACAAAUCUGGUCUUUAAGUGGUACGGUUGAUGCAUUUCUGAGUUGCUAUAUACAUGACAACUUGAAUGUGGGUCUGUGUCAACUUGUUCUUUGAUUCCUCAGCCACAUGAUAUUGAUGUCUCUGUUGCUGAAAAAGUAUUCUUACGACAGUGCAAGCGAAAGAAAGCUACCAAAACUGCAAUAGCUGAUGAUGAAAGCCCCGUGGCACAACUUGACUCAGGUUCAGCUGAUGACUUAAAAAGCAUCAAAGAGACGCCUGAAGAGAAGCAGACAUCCUGUUAGAGAGAACGAGAUUAGCUAUUAAAGGUCACUCCAGAUGAGGUAUGAAAGCCUGGAAGUAGUUAUGAUCUCACACUAGGGUGUUUGUCUUACGUUAAAUAUCAAGUUGUAACUAUGACUUAGGCUCGACGUAUACAACACAGAAAGUAGAGGAAUCUGACCUGUAGGUUAUGUUUGAUUCAGAUCUUAUGCUUGUAAAUUAGGUAGGUUAAUUUUUAGAUUUUCGGUUAGGAUGGUCAAUGCACAAUUUUAUGUUAUUGAUUUCGAGACUCGAAGGGAACAGUCUUAUGGUUGUAGAUCGUCACUGCAUAAAGUUUUAGAUUUUCACA